GACGCCGUCGCUCGUUAGUCGUCUUCGACGCGACACUCGGUACCGGAAGGAUGUCGUCAACGGUGGUAAAAAAUGCUGCGAAGGGCGUCAACGGCGGUGACGGCAGAGAGACUUGGUCGGGAAAGCUUGAUUUCUUAUUGUCGGUCAUCGGGUUCGCCGUCGAUCUCGCUAAUGUGUGGCGAUUUCCGUACCUUUGCUACAAGAACGGUGGUGGUGCAUUUCUGGUUCCCUACUGCGUGAUGUUAGUGGUUGGUGGUAUUCCUCUAUUUUAUAUGGAGCUCGCCCUCGGUCAAUUCAACAGAAAGGGUGCUAUCACCUGUUGGGGUCGGUUGGUACCACUUUUCAAAGGUAUCGGAUACGCGGUGGUCCUAAUCGCGUUUUACGUUGAUUUUUACUAUAACGUCAUCAUCGCCUGGUCACUUCGCUAUUUCUUCGCUUCGUUCGCCACGAUGCUGCCGUGGACCUCCUGUGACAAUGACUGGAACACACCACUGUGUCGCGAAUUCGACGCAAAUAUAUCGUACACACUCGCGGAUGUGACCAGCGAGAUUAAUGAGAAUUUUGGAAAUACCACUCGGCUCCUGGUCGAUUUAGGAUCGGAUGCUGCUGUUCAGAGUACAGGGGAUAAUUAUACGAGUGCUGCGCAUGAAUACUUCAAUCGCGCUAUUCUGGAACUACAUCAAAGUGAGGGCUUACACGAUCUUGGUGCCAUUAAGUGGGACAUCGCGCUAUGCUUGCUCGUGGUUUAUCUGGUCUGCUACUUUUCUCUAUGGAAGGGCAUCUCGACUUCCGGCAAGGUAGUCUGGUUUACCGCUCUUUUCCCUUAUGCAGUCCUGUUAAUUUUAUUAAUAAGAGGUGUCACUUUGCCGGGCAGUGCCGAGGGAAUUCGUUAUUAUCUCAGUCCAAAUUUCAACGUUAUCACAAAGGCAGAGGUGUGGGUGGACGCAGCGACGCAAGUAUUCUUCUCUCUAGGACCGGGAUUCGGGGUAUUGUUGGCCUACGCGAGCUACAACAAGUAUCACAACAACGUUUACAAAGAUGCGUUGCUGACGAGUUUGAUCAACAGUGCAACGUCUUUUGUCGCUGGGUUUGUCAUAUUCUCGGUGCUCGGUUACAUGGCACGUGCCAGCGGCAAAUCUAUCCAGGAUGUUGCCACAGAAGGACCCGGUCUGGUCUUCAUUGUCUAUCCGGCGGCUAUCGCUACGAUGCCUGGUUCGACAUUCUGGGCGCUCAUUUUCUUCAUGAUGCUGCUUACACUCGGUUUAGACAGCUCGUUCGGAGGUUCAGAAGCAAUUAUAACGGCACUCAGCGAUGAGUUUCCAAUAAUCGGCAAUAAUCGUGAGGUCUUUGUGGCGUGCUUAUUCACUUUAUACUUUCUGGUCGGGCUCGCUUCUUGCUCACAGGGCGGGUUUUACUUUUUCCAUUUAUUGGAUCGAUAUGCAGCUGGAUACUCGAUGCUGUUUGCUGUUUUGGCAGAAACAAUUGCGGUCAGUUGGAUCUAUGGAACGGACCGAUUUUGCGCCGAUAUCAAAGACAUGAUCGGAUUCAGACCUGGUAUCUAUUGGCGAGUAUGCUGGAAAUUUGUAGCACCACUUUUCCUUAUGUUUAUUAUCGUUUAUGGUUUAAUGGGCUACGAACCAUUAUCAUACGAGGACUACACUUAUCCAGUUUGGGCAAAUAUAUUAGGUUGGGUGAUCGCAUGCUCUUCUAUCAUCAUGAUCCCAGGUAUGGCAAUCUACAAAAUCAGCAGCACACCCGGAUCCUUUGUUCAAAGGUUGAAGAUCCUAACGACACCUUGGCGAGAUACCCAGCAUCAGAGGAACGAUUUGUCUUCGGUGGCGAACGGUGCGAUUCGUCGAAGUUUCCUAGCCGAGCAAGAUUUCGAAAUUACCAAGAAUCACGAGUUAACUAAGGAACAGACGGAGGUAAUGAUUCAAUCUAGAGAAGGUGUCAAAGGGAACGAUCCGCCCCCUGAGCCAGUCUAG